AUGCAGCUGACUGUUCUUACCGUCCUCGCUGGCGCCGUCGCUUCCGUGUCCGCCGCAGGCCUGACCCCCAAGGCCACAGUCUCUACGUUCCACCUCGUUGCACGGGACCUUACGAAUUCGCCGAUCGACAAGAAGGUCAUCCGUGCGAAAGACAGCCAGCUGUGGGUGGGGUUGCACGUCGGCGAGCAGGGAGCGGAUUGCGAUAAGAAUACACCGUCCAGCGAGAGGGCUACGUUCUUCCUUAAGGAUGACGAGCUGUUUCUAUAUGGGGGCGAGGAAGAUUCUCAUCAGCAGUUCGGCUUGGAUAUCUCUCUAGAAGAUGAUGAAAACCUGGAGUACUUUAACAAUACCCUCGGCAACCCUAAUGAGCUUGUCGAAACCCAUGGCUGGUCUAUCGAUCCUGGAAGCACCCUGCUGUCGUAUCGCAACCACCCUUUUGUAGCCUGCCAGAAGUCCGACGGUCUAUUUACGGUGGGCAUAUUCACCUACAAUGUCGACCCGGACACAAUCUGCUACCGGUUCAAUGCCCUGACCGUCCCCGCUUCCCCUGGCUGUUCGGCGUCCUGA